AUGUCCCCAGUGCCAACGAAGAAAGACCGCUUUGUGGGGGAUCUGAAUCCCGAGUCUUUGAUUCGCGAGAAGCUGGGUGAUACUUCGGAUAGUCAACUUCGGAAUCGUAUCGGACUAUGGAUCAGUUCCUCUGACGUGGACAAUGCUGAAGGAAGUCGGGACGGUAUCUCUAACACCAUCAAUUCAUUUGCCGGUCGAGAGUCCGAAGCGGUUGCGACUGUGCUACAACAGCGAUAUGCAUCUGCGAUAAGGGCAUGCGAGCGUCUGCCUUCGGCAACGCUGGACCAGUUACUUCCCUUAUACUUCUCCAGAGUGAACCACAUUCUCCCACUGGUCGACAAGGAUUCAAUGCUCCACGCUCAGUCGGAUGGCACGGCUUCAGUCUUCCUCGAGAGAGCCAUAUGCCUCGUUGCAGCGAAGGAUCCAUCGGCUACUCCUCACCUCCGCAUCACAGCCGAAGGACCCCCCAUGACUCCCCGUCAGUUCUGCUCGGACAUAUACAAAGGAUUGGUGGUCGCGAUCAACGAGGGCCUCGAACCCGAUCGCGUUACUCGCAUCCGUGUCUUGGCCCUUCUUUCAUUGCAUUGUGAAGGCUACGAGGGUGCAGAAGCCGCUUCGAUGCAUCUUUGUCAUGCCAUUCACCAGGCUCAGACAGCAGGUUUACAUCUUGAUCGUCCCGAUCGGGUGCCCGGAGAUCCGUUAUCGGCCCUCUUCUGGUGUUUAUGGACACUGGAUAAGAUGCACGCCUGCAUCGGUGGCCGGCCCGUUCUUUUCGCGGAUCGUGACAUUGGAGUAGAAAAGCCUCAUGUGAACUCAUCCAGUUCCAGGACCGCAUUUGAUAUCUGGUUUGCAAUCUCCGAUCUACUUGCCCGGGUGAUAUCCUUCUACCGGCCAGGUGCCGACCAUACCGUUGGGUGGGAAGCUGAUUUCCCGACUUUUGAGGAAAUCAUCGGGGAUAAUAUCCGCGACGAUCUAGAUUACGGUACACUUGGGCUGUUGGAACUUUUCUACCAUGCAGUCGGUAUACUUUCGUGCCGAUACAAGCUAACUGACCGCCCGGAUGGAUCGAAGCCAUCCUACAUUCGUCAGGGAUUGGCUGCAGUUCGAAUACAUUCGAUCAUCGCUACCGAAUGUCCUCAGACGUUGCCCCCUCUGCCGAUUGUACCUUACGCACUGGCCCUUUCGAUGGGCGUAUCAUAUCAACAAUUCCGUUCGAGUAAACUCAUCACUCAUUUUGAACGGGCGAAGGCCAGUCUGGAAGCGUGCUGUGCGCUUCUGGAAGAUCUGGGAGUCUACUGGUACUCGGCGGAAGCGAUGGCACGGCUAGGUCGGAAAGCCCUGCACCAGAUCGAGGAAGUGAAGCCAGGGCCUAGUCAACAAGGCACGGGGUCCAGACAACCAGCCCUAUCGGUAGAGUCGCCUAUCAUUGCUUCGACUCAUCCAAACAAUGCGGUGUCAGACACCCCGUUCGUGAACCGCUCAGACGAUCAGCGACCCUUCAGCGAUUUGCCGACGACGGCGUCUGCGAUGGAGACGCAUCCAGGACUGGAGACUAUUGGGCCUCAACCCGCAACAGGCUUCCAAGCCUCAGAAAUGGAUGGAUUUGCCGACAUUGACAUGCUGUUUGGAGAUUUCCUGGACUUGUCCUUACCCACCAAUUUCUGGGACCCUGUCUUGGCGCUCCAGGACCAAAGUGGGAUAUGA